GGGAGGGAAGACCUCUGAGCCGAAAGUGACGAACCAAUGAAAACCCACAGAAGAAACGCAACACCACCACCACCACCAACAAAAACACAAAUGAAACCAAAAGUAAAUCAAAGCACAAUACUUUUCUUCUGUCUUCAGCUAGGGUUCGCUCUUUCCUGAUUCUCUCCGUUCCAUUUUCUUUCCUUUCCUUUUGCUUCUGAAAGCAACAUCUUCCGCUAGCUAGCUCCAUCCACAGAAAGAACACAAGAAGAAACAGGAAUCCCAUUUUUUUGUGACAGUGUAAUGCCCUUUGAUUUGAGCUAUGUUUGUUUCUUUCUUUCCAUGAAACCUUAGGAAAAUGUUUCAGGGGGUAGCAGAGGAAUCUUUGGGGGCCACGAAGGCUGGUCAAACUGUGUUCUUUUGGCUGGUUUCGAGGCCGUAAACGGGUGAGAUCGGUCGGAAUAUUUGAUUUCAGAGCAAGCUUGGAUCUUUUGGGAAACCAUCUAUUUUGAGCUUGGCUUUUGAUAGAUUCGGAGUCGGUGGCUGGGACUCGUUCCGAUAAUGCUGAAUUGGAUCUUGACACUCGGUUGUGUCGUUGGAUAGGUAAGAGAACUUAUUUUUAAAUCACGAGGAAACAUCUGGUGCGAAACGUUGCGUGGUGAUUUUGUUUCUGGUAUUUUGGGAAACACUUUUUACUGUGGUGCUUCGAACGUAUUCGUGAGAAUUCGUUCGGUUUAAGCUCUGAUCUCGAAAUAUUUAUCAUUUAUUGUGCUUCGGGCUGUCUCGUAUAGAGAAAACAGAGGUAACUGCGUUCUAGUUAGGGAUAUUGGUGCCCCUUUUUCGGUUUCUCUCUAUCCUUCUGUUUCUCAAUCUCAGUAUUCUAAACAAAUUUUACAAUUUUAUGAUGUGGACACAAAUUUAAAAAAUGUUCAACUUCUCUUAAGACUUCCGGUUUGUUUCUCUUUUACUGCUCUGGAGCUCUAGCAAGUGCUUCGAGUUGUCAUUAAGAAAGCAAAGCUACUUGGAUUUUAGUUGGCUUUUCUGGGUUACUUGAAUUUGAGGUUAACUUUCCAUAUGUGGCUAGUUGUGUUGCUUUGAAGCUCUAAAAGCCGCUUGAGAUUGUCAAGAGGUGAAGCUACUGGGGGCUUUGUUUCCGUAUUUUUGGUGGGGGUCCUUGAAUCUGGUCUGAGUUAAAUUUGCGGCUGGUUUUGUUGUUUUGAAGCAGCUCUUAAAAGGUUUUGGAGGUUGUGCUUAGGAAGGAGAAGCUAAUUGGCUUUGGUUCAGUCUUUAGUGAAUAAGUUAAAUUUUAGCUGAUUGGAGAUGGCAAUGUCCUGCAAGGAUGGUAAGCUGGCAAUGGACAACGGGAAGUAUGUCCGGUACACACCUGAGCAGGUUGAAGCACUCGAGAGGCUCUAUCACGAUUGCCCAAAGCCAAGUUCGAUUCGCCGCCAGCAGCUUAUUCGUGAGUGCCCAAUUCUUUCCAAUAUCGAGCCAAAACAGAUCAAGGUCUGGUUCCAGAACAGAAGAUGCAGAGAGAAACAGAGGAAAGAGGCUUCGCGGCUUCAAGCUGUAAAUAGGAAGCUGACAGCAAUGAACAAACUUUUGAUGGAGGAAAAUGAUAGGUUGCAGAAGCAGGUCUCGCAUCUGGUGUAUGAGAAUGGUUACUUCCGCCAACAUACCCAGAAUACAACGCUUGCAACCAAAGAUACAAGUUGUGAAUCGGUGGUGACAAGUGGUCAACACCAUUUGACAGCUCAGCAUCCGCCAAGGGAUGCUAGUCCUGCAGGGCUUUUGUCCAUUGCAGAGGAGACUUUAGCAGAGUUUCUUUCAAAGGCCACUGGAACUGCUGUGGAGUGGGUCCAAAUGCCUGGAAUGAAGCCUGGUCCGGAUUCCAUUGGAAUCGUUGCUAUUUCUCAUGGUUGCACUGGAGUGGCAGCACGAGCCUGUGGCCUAGUGGGUCUAGAACCCACAAGGGUUGCAGAAAUCCUCAAGGAUAGGCCUUCGUGGUUCCGCGAUUGCCGAGCUGUGGAUGUUCUGAAUGUGCUGCCCACAGCAAAUGGUGGAACCAUCGAGCUGCUAUACAUGCAGCUCUAUGCGCCUACUACAUUGGCGCCUGCUCGUGACUUCUGGUUGCUUCGCUAUACUUCUGUUUUAGAAGAUGGCAGCCUUGUGGUUUGUGAGAGGUCACUUAAAAAUACUCAAAAUGGUCCAAGCAUGCCACCUGUGCAGCAUUUUGUGAGGGCAGAAAUGCUUCCUAGUGGGUAUCUCAUACGACCUUGCGAAGGCAGUGGUUCGAUCAUUCACAUUGUUGAUCAUAUGGAUUUGGAGCCAUGGAGUGUCCCAGAAGUAUUACGUCCGCUGUAUGAAUCAUCGACUGUGCUUGCGCAAAAGACAACCAUGACGGCUCUACGCCAGCUGAGGCAGAUAGCUCAUGAGGUUUCUCAGUCUAACACUACGGGCUGGGCCAGACGACCUGCAGCUCUUAGAGCACUUAGCCAGAGGCUGAGCAGGGGUUUUAAUGAGGCCCUUAAUGGGUUUACCGAUGAGGGGUGGUCGAUGAUGGGAAAUGAUGGCAUGGAUGAUGUUACUAUUCUUGUGAACUCAUCUCCUGACAAGCUGAUGGGCUUAAAUCUUCCUUUUUCUAAUGGGUUUCCAGCUGUGAGCAAUGCUGUCUUAUGUGCUAAAGCAUCAAUGCUGUUGCAGAAUGUCCCUCCUGCGAUUCUUCUUAGAUUCCUACGAGAGCACAGAUCAGAAUGGGCAGACAACAAUAUUGAUGCUUAUUCAGCUGCAGCUGUCAAAAUUGGUCCCUGUAGCUUACCAGGGUCUCGAGUUGGAAGUUUCGGGGGUCAAGUUAUACUCCCACUGGCUCACACUAUGGAGCAUGAAGAGUUCUUGGAAGUCAUUAAGUUGGAAGGUGUGGGCCCAACUCCUGAAGACACAAUAAUGCCUAGAGAAAUGUUUCUGUUGCAACUCUGUAGUGGAAUGGAUGAGAAUGCUGUUGGAACCUGUGCGGAACUUAUCUUUGCUCCAAUUGAUGCUUCUUUCGCUGACGAUGCACCUCUUCUGCCUUCUGGUUUUCGCAUCAUUCCCCUUGAUUCUGGGAAGGAAGCCUCUAGUCCAAACCGCACCCUGGACCUUGCUUCUGCUCUUGAAAUUGGGCCAGCUGGUAAUAGAACGUCUACUGAUUAUUCUGCUAAUGCUGGCUCUGUCCGAUCUGUGAUGACAAUAGCAUUUGAAUUUGCAUAUGAGAGCCACAUGCAAGAACAUGUAGCAUCCAUGGCUCGCCAAUAUGUCCGCAGCAUUAUAUCAUCAGUUCAGAGAGUGGCGUUGGCACUCUCUCCCUCUCAUUUGAGCUCACAUGCAGGCCUUCGGCCACCAUUGGGUACCCCUGAAGCUCAGACCCUUGCUCGCUGGAUCUGCCAGAGUUACAGGUGCUACAUGGGUGUGGAGCUACUCAAAUCUGGCAAUGAAGGAAGUGAAGCCAACCUCAAAACUCUGUGGCAUCACUCAGAUGCAAUAAUGUGCUGCUCUAUGAAGGCAUUACCAGUUUUCACUUUUGCAAACCAGGCAGGGCUUGACAUGCUUGAGACCACCUUGGUUGCACUGCAAGACAUAACUCUGGAAAAAAUAUUUGACGAUCAUGGCCGAAAAACACUCUUCUCAGAGUUCCCACAAAUAAUGCAACAGGGCUUUGCUUGUCUCCAGGGUGGUAUCUGUCUCUCAAGUAUGGGCCGACCCGUCUCUUAUGAGAGAGCAGUGGCUUGGAAGGUGCUGAAUGAAGAAGAGAAUGCUCACUGCAUCUGCUUUAUGUUUGUGAACUGGUCUUUUGUAUGACAACAACAGAUAGGAGGGAGAUCAUGCUUACAGAACUCCUAAACCCUUAUGUUUUAUUGGCUUGUUAGUCUUUUAGAAAGGAAAAAAAACAAAAACCUCUUGAAUGAUUAAGACUGCGUAUGUGUUA